GCGGCGGCGGCGGCGGCUCUCGGCGCGUUGGGGCGCGGGAAGCGGCGGGCGCGGGGCUCAUGUAAUCAAAGAAGUUUCUUUGUUGUGUGUAUCUUUACAGAACACAACAGGAAUUGAAAAUGAACCAGAACACUCCUGAGCCUUUGGCAGCCGCUGAGACCCUGGCGGAGGUACCCGAACACGUGCUGCGAGGACUUCCGGAGGAAGUGAGGCUUUUCCCGUCAGCUGUGGACAAGACGCGGAUCGGUGUCUGGGCCACUAAACCAAUUUUAAAAGGCAAAAAGUUUGGGCCAUUUGUUGGUGAUAAGAAAAAAAGAUCUCAGGUUAAGAAUAAUGUAUACAUGUGGGAGGUAUAUUACCCGAAUUUGGGAUGGAUGUGCAUCGAUGCCACUGAUCCAGAGAAGGGGAACUGGCUGCGAUAUGUGAACUGGGCUUGCUCAGGAGAAGAGCAAAAUUUAUUUCCACUGGAAAUCAACAGAGCCAUUUACUAUAAAACUUUAAAGCCAAUCGCGCCGGGCGAGGAGCUCCUGGUCUGGUACAAUGGGGAAGACAACCCCGAGAUAGCAGCUGCGAUUGAGGAAGAGCGAGCCAGCGCCCGGAGCAAGCGGAGCUCCCCCAAGAGCCGGAAAGGGAAGAAAAAAUCCCAAGAAAAUAAAAACAAAGGAAACAAAAGCCAGGACCUAGCGCUGAAGACAAGUGAGCCAGAUUCGACCUCUGCAAGUAUGAGAGAUUCUGUGGAAGGUCCCAAAGAAGAAGAGAGGCAUCCAGCUGCAGCCCCUGAGCAGCCAGCCCUUCUCCAGGAAGGGCUCAGCCAGGAUACACCACCAGAACUGCUGACCUCCCCUGCUGCCCACGACCCGCAGCCAGAGCCCGAUGGAAAACGAGAAGCCACAGAUUUUGAGGUGAAUGAUCUGGAUGAAGAGGAAGAGGAAGAGGAGGAAGAAGAGGACGACGAAGACUUAGAGGAAGACGGGGAGGAAGAAGGCGACGUGCCGAAUGAAAGCUCUGUGAAAGAGCCGGAGAUCCGGUGUGACGAGAAGCCAGAGGAUUUGUUAGAAGAACCAAAAAGCAUUUCAGAAGAAACUCCCGAAGACUCCCCGGAAGGGACACCUGUUGUCCAGAUUCCCAAAACUAAAGAAGAGGCCAACGGUGAGGUGUUUGAAACAUUUAUGUUUCCAUGUCAGCACUGUGAAAGGAAGUUCACCACCAAGCAGGGCCUUGAGCGUCACAUGCACAUCCACAUGUCAACAGUGAACCAUGCUUUCAAGUGCAAGUACUGUGGGAAAGCCUUUGGCACGCAGAUUAACAGGAGGCGACAUGAGCGUCGCCAUGAAGCUGGGUUAAAGCGAAAAUCCAGCCUGACACUACAGCCAUCGGAGGACCUGUCUGAUAGCAAAGUUUCUGGAGACAGUGUCACUCCUAAAGAUGAAUUGAAUCCUCCGCAUCUUGGGCAAGACUGUCUGAUUCUGAACUCAGAGAAAGCUUCCCAAGAAACAGGAAAUUCUUCUGUUGUAGAAGAGAACGGGGAAGUUAAAGAACUUCAUCCAUGCAAAUAUUGUAAAAAGGUUUUCGGAACUCAUACCAAUAUGAGACGGCAUCAGCGCAGAGUUCAUGAACGCCACCUGAUUCCCAAAGGUGUGCGCCGAAAAGGAGGCCUCCUUGAAGAGCCACAGCCCCCUGCAGAGCAGGCCCCGCCCGCCCAGAAUGUCUAUGUACCAAGCACAGAGCCAGAGGAGGAAGGGGAAGCAGAUGACGUGUACAUCAUGGACAUUUCUAGCAAUAUCUCUGAAAACUUAAAUUACUAUAUUGAUGGUAAAAUUCAGACCAACAACAGCACGAGUAACUGUGACGUGGUUGAGAUGGAAUCCAGUUCGGCAGACUUGUACGGCAUAAAUUGUCUGCUCACUCCAGUUACAGUGGAAAUCACUCAAAGUAUAAAGACCACACAGGUCACUGUAACAGAUGAGCUUCCUAAAGAGCCGUCCAGUGGCACAAACGGUGAGUCCAAGAGACGGAGGACUGCCAGUCCACCUGCGCUGCCCCAGAUUAAAGCUGAAACGGACUCUGAGCCUGCGGCGCCCUCCUGUUCCUUGAGUCUGCCUCUUAGCGUCUCAACGACUGAGGCUGUGUCUUUCCAUAAAGAGAAGAAUGUUUAUUUGUCAUCGAAGCUCAAGCAGCUUCUUCAAACCCAAGACAAGCUAACUCCUCCUGCAGGGAUUUCAUCAGCUGAAAUCCCAAAGUUAGGUCCCGUGUGCGUGUCCACUCCUGCAUCCAUGUUACCUGUGACCUCCAGUAGGUUUAAGAGACGGACCAGCUCUCCGCCCAGUUCUCCUCAGCACAGCCCUGCCCUUCGGGACUUUGGGAAACCAAGUGAUGGGAAAGCAGCGUGGACAGAUGCAGUCCUAACUUCCAAGAAGCCCAAAUUAGAAAGUCGCAGUGACUCACCAGCAUGGAGUUUGUCGGGGAGAGAUGAGAAAGAAACUGGGAGCCCUCCUUGCUUUGAUGAAUACAAAAUAUCGAAAGAGUGGGCAGCUGGUUCUACUUUCAGCAACGUGUGCAACCAGCAGCCUUUGGAUUUAUCCAGCGGUGUCAAGCAGAAGGCUGAGGGUUCAGGCAAAUCUUCAGUCCAGUGGGAAUCCGUGUUGGAUCUCAGUGUGCAUAGAAAGCCUGGGAGUGACUCUGAAGGCAGGGAGCUGAAAGAACACCAUUCAGCGCAGCUGACCUGCGGCGCUGUGAAGAAGAAGAAGCCAACCACCUGCAUGCUCCAGAAGGUUCUUCUCAAUGAAUACAAUGGCAUUGAUUUACCUGUAGAAAGUACCCCUGAUGUGACCAGGAGCCCAAGCCCUUGUAAAUCUCUAGACGCCCAGCCAGAUCCUGACCUGGUUCCUGACUCUGGUUUCUCUGCCCCUGCCAUCGAGUCGGCCCCUGAAGUUUGUCCUUCAUCACCUCCCCUCCAGACAUCGUCCUCGUCUUCCGGUCAGCUGCCUCCUCUCCUGAUCCCCACAGAUCCCUCUUCCCCUCCACCCUGCCCUCCUGUGUUAACUGUAGCCACUCCGCCCCCUCCCCUCCUUCCAACCGUCCCUCUCCCUGCCCCUUCUUCCAGUGCAUCUCCUCACCCGUGUCCCUCUCCACUCUCGAAUGCCACUGCCCAGUCUCCUCUUCCAAUUCUCUCCCCCACCGUGUCCCCCUCACCCUCUCCCAUUCCUCCUGUGGAGCAGCUCAUGUCUGCUGCUUCACCUGGGCCUCCAACACUUUCUUCCUCCUCCUCCUCCUCCUCCUCCUCCUCCCCCUCCUCCUCUUCCUCUUCUUCCUCCUCUUCCUCUUCUUCAUUCUCCUCUUCAUCUUCCUCCUCAUCCCCGUCACCACCCCCUCUCUCAGCAGUGUCAUCUGUUGUUUCCUCUGGCGAUAAUCUGGAGGCUUCUCUCCCUGCAAUAACUUUCAAACAGGAGGAACCAGAGGAUGAAGGUCUGAAAGCCAGGGAAGAGCCCCAGUCUGCAGUUGAACAGGAUGCUGUUCAGGAAACAUUCAGCAAAAACUUUAUUUGCAAUGUCUGUGAAUCACCUUUUCUUUCCAUUAAAGAUCUAACCAAACAUUUAUCUAUUCAUGCUGAAGAAUGGCCCUUCAAAUGUGAAUUUUGUGUGCAGCUUUUUAAGGAUAAAAUGGAUUUGUCAGAGCAUCGCUUUUUGCUUCAUGGAGUUGGGAAUAUCUUUGUGUGUUCUGUUUGUAAAAAAGAAUUUGCUUUCUUGUGCAAUUUGCAGCAGCACCAGCGAGAUCUCCACCCAGACGAGGUGUGUACACACCAUGAGUUUGAGAGUGGGACACUGAGGCCCCAGAACUUCACAGAUCCCAGCAAGGCCCACAUGGAGCAUAUGCAGGGCUUGCCGGAAGACCCUUUGGAAACUUCCAAAGAAGAGGAGGAAUUAAAUGAUUCCUCUGAAGAGCUUUAUACCACCAUAAAAAUAAUGGCUUCUGGAAUAAAGACAAAAGAUCCGGAUGUUCGAUUGGGUCUUAAUCAGCAUUACCCAAGCUUUAAACCACCUCCAUUCCAGUACCAUCACCGCAACCCCAUGGGUAUUGGUGUGACGGCCACAAAUUUCACUACCCACAAUAUUCCACAGACUUUUACUACUGCCAUUCGCUGCACAAAAUGUGGGAAAGGUGUUGACAACAUGCCUGAGUUACACAAACAUAUCUUGGCAUGCGCUUCUGCAAGUGACAAGAAGAGGUAUACUCCGAAAAAAAAUCCAGUACCUCUGAAACAAACUGUGCAGCCCAAAAAUGGAGUGGUGGUCUUAGACAACUCUGGAAAGAAUGCCUUCCGGCGAAUGGGACAGCCCAAAAGACUGAGCUUCAGUGUUGAACUCAGCAAGAUGUCGCCAAAUAAGCUCAAAUUAAAUGCAUUGAAGAAAAAAAACCAACUUGUACAGAAAGCAAUCCUUCAAAAAAACAAAUCUGCAAAACAGAGGGCCGACUUGAGGAGCUCCGCGGCCUCGUCCUCCCACGUCUGCCCCUACUGCAGCCGGGAGUUCACCUACAUCGGCAGCCUCAACAAGCAUGCCGCCUUCAGCUGCCCCAAGAAACCCCUCUCUCCUUCCAAAAAAAAAGUUUCUCAUUCAUCCAAGAAGGGCGGACACUCGUCAUCACCUGCAAGUAGCGACAGACACACCAGCAGUAGCCACCGAAGACGGACGGCGGAUGCUGAGAUUAAGAUGCAGAGCACGCAGGCACCCCUGGGCAAGACCCGGGCUCGCAGCUCAGGCCCCUCGCAGUCUCCGCUGCCCUCCUCAUCCUUCCGGUCCAGGCAGAAUGUCAAAUUCACGGCUUCGGUCAAGUCCAAAAAACCAAGCUCCUCAUCUUUAAGGAACUCCAGCCCUAUAAGAAUGGCCAAAAUCACUCAUGUGGAGGGGAAAAAACCCAAAGCUGUGGCCAAGAACCAUUCUGCUCAGCUCUCGAGUAAAACCUCUCGGAGCCUGCAUGUUAGGGUACAAAAAAGCAAAGCCGUUUUACAAAGCAAGCCCAAUUUGGCAAGUAAGAAAAGAACGGACCGGUUCAAUGUAAAAUCUAGAGAACGGAGUGGGGGGCCGAUCACCCGAAGCCUUCAGCUGGCAGCUGCCGCUGACCUGAGUGAGAGCAGGAGAGAGGACGGCAGCGCCAGGCAGGAGCUGAAGGACUUCAGGGCCAGGUAUGAAUUGAAUUUGAAACCACGGAGAAGCUCUCAAAAGUUCCCUAUGUGAAAAGAUGAAGUUCUCUCAAACUUCCUUCAUAUCUUGGGAACUUCCUGUAGAAAAGUCCCCCAAACAAAACAAACCUUAAUUGACUAAAAGAUAUUGCAUGCUCAACUUAGGAUAAGCACUACGGCCAAGGAUACGAAAUCUACCAAGCUUGCAAGACCAGUUGAAGCUGACUCAAAAAUCCAGCUGAUUGCCGGCUGGCUUGUUGCCCUGGUUAGAGUCAGGCAUCUGCUCCUUCAGUGGUGCCCAGUGUGUGUGCUGGGCUCCUGGGUGACUGAGAUCCAAAGAGAAGGGCCCUGUAAGACGGGCUAGAUGAACUGGCUCCUCGUCAUGGGACUGUAACUCAGAUGUGAGUGUGGCCCUUGAUUUUGGCACAUAGCAGAGAAGGGAAUGAUUUGAACUUAACCUUGCAAAGCAAGUUCUCUGUUUUAUCAGUAGUUUAUUGUAGAUUUCAGGGAUGACAGAUUCAGAUGCACUCAUUUUAAAACUUUUCCUACACACCAGCUCUUGAUGCCUUUCUUCUAAAUGAAUCGUAGACAGAGAGAGGCAUUUAGCUGAUCUCUUACCCCUCAACCCCCUUUUUUUAAAAUCACAAGCAGAUUGCCAGCGUAACCGAGAGGAAACCAGAUUGGGUAUGGACUCUUUUUAUGCUUCUUACAGUGUCAUGUUUAUAUAUCCAGGUGGACAUUAUCCUCUCAGAUGGUUAUCUGGCACUAAUUUAUAACUAUGAUAUUAUGAGAGACUAUGUAGCAAUAUGUCCAUGCACAGAGGCAUCCAGGCCUGCAUAGAUGUGUGUCUACACGUAAGCAUAAAUGAAUUUACAUGCCAGGUUUCACACUGCAGUCUCUAAUAGAGAUUAAAAACAACAAAUUGGCCUCUGCCGAAGUCCGUGAGUAUCAUUUCUCCAUUUGUUUUUAUGCCUUCUCCCAAAUUAAUGACUGAGUUGGUGGAAAAUGGCUAGAUUUUAUUCACACUGUUUUUUGUUCUCAACUUUAAAAGUAAUCUACCUCUUAAAAUUUGUAGUUUAAUACUUGUUUAGUGAGUUUGUGCCACUUUAACCCUUUCACUAUCAUUCCCAUUUUGUUACAUUUCUGUUAUGGGGACUUUAUGUUGAAAUAUUGUAUAAAGCAUUUGUAGCAGUUUAAAAAUAAAAUAUUUAAAAUUAUUUAAAUUGUUUUGGACGCUUCAAUUGUACUAUAUGUGAUUUACAUUUUGCAUUUUUGUUUGCAUUGUUAAUCUGGAGUGUUCCUGUAUGAAGUUUGCUGUUAGUUAUUUUAUUGCUUCUUGUUGGAGAGUGCUAUAAAAGACUAUUCUAAUGAAAACAUUAAAAUUUACAAUUUGACAUACAAAAGGGGUUGUUCCUUGAUUUUAACCGAUGUAGCCUUGAGAAAGAGUGAGAGCGAGAGAGAGAGAGAGAGAGAGGAAUUAAUUAUAAACAAGACUGCUGUUUGAUACUUUCCCCCUCUAGCAUGGAAUAUAUCAUUGGCUUGACAGAUGUAUAAAAAAGAUUUUUUUAUGCCAUUACUGCAAACACUUUAAUAAAUAGGGAAGACUUUGAAUGGUACAUUUUAUAUCAUUGU